AUGUCAAUUGGCUGUGUCCGCACCUGCAAGUUGGUGUCCUCCAUCCUUUCCACCCUGUCUCUCCCCCGUAUCUCUAUCUUGGCUGAUCCCACCAUUUUCCCCUCCUCCCCCUCUGCUUCUUCUGCUCCUCUGCCCCUCCCUCAGCACUCUGAUGUUCUGUGUGGCGGCUGCCCGUCCUCUGGUUCUGUUCCACAGGGUAACAACUUUUGGCCCAACCAGCCUGUAGGAGGGGUCCCUGUGUGGCCGGGACAGGCCACCCAGCCUCCACCAUGCUGGUCUGGACAGCCAAAUACGCCCUGCUGGCCUGGGACACAGCCGGCCACAGUUCCAGCACCAGUUUCUUCCUCUUCUUCUGCCUCUGCCCCAGCCCCAGCUGCUGCGCUUACCCCUACCCAAAUCCCAACCUCAGCCCCAUUUCCAGCCCCAGUACAACCCUGCCAGCCUUGUUGGCCUGGUCCUCAGUACCAGCCGCUUCAGCCUCAGCAGCCCCCAGCUCCUGCUCCAGCCCCAACUCCGGCCCCAGCACCUGUUCCCACCAUCCAGCCAAGCGUACCAGGGUGGCCUGCCUCCCAAGGCUGGCCUUACAACCCAGGGCAGCCAGGAUGGCCUGGACAGAACCCAUCAAUCGUUCCUCCACAAUGGCCUCUACCACCCACAUCUGGACCACUAAGUGUGCCAUACAACUUGAAUCUGACCCGCGGCGUCUAUGACAAGAUGAUGAUGACCAUCAUGGGCUAUGUCAAACCAAGCGCUAAAAUGUUCACGGUAAACUUCCUGCGAGGCAACGAUAUCGCUUUUCACAUCAACCCCCGCUUCCACGAAGGAGGCAAACAAGUGGUGGUCCGUAACCACAAGGUGGGCGAGCGCUGGGGCAGCGAAGAGAGAGGUCUGAAGGCCCCGUUCCCCUUCGCCCCUGGAAGCCCAUUCGAGAUGAAGAUCCUGAGCACGUAUGAAGAGUUCAGGGUGGCUGUGAACAACAUCCCGCUGUUUGACUUUAGACACCGCGUCAGAGAGCUCAACCAGAUCGACAGAAUCAACAUCUUGCAUGAUGUCGUGCUCACCUACAUUAAUGUGGAGACACUUCCAUAGGACACACACACGUUUCACCCAUACACACUAUUAUAGCACAUCUGGAAUACAGAGAUAAGUCGUAGAAGAUAGAUUCAUACAUGGAGUAAAACAAACACACACAAACAAACACACACACACACACACACACACACACACACACACACUGAUGGAGCCAAAGCUUUCAGAGCGAUAUAAUUAUGAUAUUAUUGUUUGGUAUACAUUUUGUGUGAUAUAAGAAUAACAGAAUCUGUGUAUUGGUAGUUUGUUAACAAAAAUAAUUCUUGAUGAGCUGAGCUCACUUUAAAUGCAAAACAGUGAGCUCAUUUGUUUGCACAUGCUAGAUAGCUAACCAUUUAGUGUGCACGAAGUGUUAGAUCCUUUUUUAAAUGCGGGGGUGUCAUCACUGUCAUAUGAUUCUAUGACAAUGUUGCUAAUCGCUUUUAACCAAGACAAUCCAAAGAGUCCAUAUUGCCUGAAAAUCAAAACAGGUCUGUAGACCUUUGUUUCAAGGGAUUCUGUGAACUUCAGAGUAACUUUUAAUAAAAUGAUUAGCA